GGUCACCCGAAAAUAUGAUGAAACGUGGCAGAGUAUUAUUUGUCAAUAAUCGUUUUCGUUUGCAAAUUUUAACCGGAAGUUUGGGGUUGCUAAGGAACGUGGUUGUCAACAUUCUUGUAGGGUUAUCGCAGAGGAACAGAGACGACAGAGUUGGGGAAGUAUUAUAUUUUUCGUCUUGAGUUUUGUGUUGUUAUUAAAUAUGUCAGGAAGGAAUCCUUUCCCCUCGACAAACGGCUUCACCCUCAGCGGCUCCAGGUCACAUCAGAGAAAAGCAUACGAUAGACCAACUCACAUCGCCCAAACAGAGCAGCCCUGGAGUCGCCUCCAUGAUACAGCCACUUUUGCCAGCUCCCGACAAAGCAUCAUGCAUUAUGAGCAUAAGGCUCCAAAAGACAGUCUUGACUUCCAACUAAGGUCAGUUUACGAUCACCACAAGGACUUCUUCUGGGGAAAGAACCAGAUGCUUUACCAGAAAGAGACCGUUUCUGAGGGCCAGAGGAAGCAGGAAAACUCAAAGAAAGACAUGCUGGAGAAGAAACAAGAGGAAGAAAUGAUAGUGUGGGUCGACCCACAAAGGCGCUCCGUUUACAGCAUUAAGUGAAGACUUAUUCAAACAUGGGCUGCACCAGAGGCAGUGAUGGCAGCUUCUAUUUAACUUUGAGCUUCCUGUACUAGUAUCUCUAACUGCUACCAUCAUGAGAGCAAUGUAAAUAAAGGCGGUUCUUUAAAGUGAACUGGCUCUGUGCCUGUCUAAAUACCCGACAUAGCAUACAGAAUACUUAAUGGUUAUUCAUGGUAAGUUACCUAUGUGGAAAAAGUUAAGCUUUCCCACCGAUAAUGCUGAAUCAUUUAUUUUAGAAAAAACAACAUUUCCUUUCAGACAUUUAAAGAAUAUUCUUCAUUUAUUUAAACAAACAAAAAAACAGCUGAAUAUGUUAUUAUAACAAAUGUUGAACUCUUAAGGAAUAGAAAACACUGAGGUAUAGCUUUUGUGCAAGUGCAAUUGAGUCCCAUCAGGACUAUAUUAUAUCAUACCUCCAACAAAACAAAUAAUCCUUAAUAUUUUAUAGGAACAGUUUUAAUCAGGCAGGUCAGGUUCGAUGAUGGAUUCAUUCCUUAGCUUUUGUCUUCGUCUGAUGAAGACGUUCUCGUCCCAUUGCUUGGGAGAAAGCAUUUGGCUUCCAUUAUGGACACAAAGCACGGUCAUAUUCUCAGCGUACUGAAGAUUCUGCAACAGCUGAAAAAAAAAAGCAAA